CCUGCUUUGUGACGUCUACCCGCAUUCUUCCGUAAAAAAAAAAAAAGACCUUAAAACAAGAUUUUAGUUUAAUCUUUUCCAGGUACCGCUGCAAGCAGGGAGGAAAAGGGGGUUCCUGGGCUAAGAAAGUGUCCAAAACCCUCCCACAGUAGGCUGUUUCUCCCUCUUGCUGCACUCCGGGGCUGGUUCCUAUUCAAAUGUGGGUCAGGGGUGAGGAAGCGUAACGUCAUAAGCUUUCAACAUGGCGUCCCGAAAGCUGUGAGAUGAGCAAGAGGAUGGUAAAGAACGCUUGAGAACCACCCUGCCGAUGUAACAAGCUUUAGGUGGCAUCCGUGUAGGCAGAGCGUGAGCGAGACGGAAGGAAGGACAGAAGGAAGGUGGAAAUGGAACUGCCAAAUCAUGCCAAACAACUGCUGUUGCAACUUAACCAACAGAGAGCCAAAGGCUUCCUCUGUGAUGUCAUCAUUGUGGUGGAGAACGCGCUCUUUCGUGCCCACAAGAACAUCCUUGCGGCGAGCAGCAUCUACUUCAAAUCUUUGGUCCUCCACGAUAACCUCAUUAACCUUGACACAGAGAUGGUUAACCCCUCUCUGUUCAGGCAAGUUCUGGACUUCAUCUACACCGGUAAGCUGCUGUCCUCUUCGGAUCAGAGCAGUGAGCAGAAUUUCAGUGCCCUCUUAACUGCAGCCAGCUACCUCCAGCUCCACGACCUUGCCGCGCUGUGCAGAAAGAAGCUCAAGCGGAAUGGUGGGAAACCCUUGCCAGGUAAACCCUCCACCCCAGGUCCUCUUAGCCGCUUACGCCUCAAUAACCAGCGCCUUUCGUCCUCUACGCCGGCUGGGCCCAACAACCACUAUCCUACCACCCCUUCAGAUGCCGACCAGCCACAACCAGAUGAAGGCCUUCGGGACAAACUCUCCGAUGAUGAGAUGUUGAUUGGCAGCUCCAGGAGGAACGGCAGUAGUAACGGUAACCUCAGCAGUGGAGGAAGUGCGGGUGAGCCUGAUCUUGGGCUAGACCUGACCAAAAAGAGCCCCCCUUCUGCGGGAACAGCCACAGAUGCACUCAGCCCCCACAGCAACUCCCAAGAAUCCCCUCAAUCUGCCUCAGUAUCCACAACCAACAGUGCCUCGCUGGAUGACUCCUCGACCACCCUCCCGUGUGCGGACAUUUGCAUCUCCGAUCCCAAUGAGCUCAACUGUAAAGCCGAGGACACCCAGCAAGAUGGACCCCCGGCCCAGAAAAAGUCCCGGCAGAGUGGGCGCAAGAAUGAAUGGCCCAAGAGAGAGGCAUCAGGGUUGAGGUCUGACGAUCAUCACAGGCCCCUUCUUAAUGGGGUGAUAGUGGUACCUAAAGAUGGCCGCACCUCUAGUGGGGCAUCUGGGGGAAAUGGUAGCAGCUUCAACUCCGACCAAACCCUCCAGUGUAAAGACGAGGAAGAAGGGGGAGAGAACGGCCAGGACCACAGCGAAGAGAGUGGUCAAAGUGAUGGAGAGAGCACAGGGAAAGGAGUGGGAACAGGCGGGGGCCAACAUAACGCCAACUACGUGUACCGCCAGGAAGGUUUUGAACCAGCAUUCGGAGACAACCUUUAUGUGUGCAUUCCCUGUGGAAAAGGCUUUCCUAGCUCAGAACAGCUCAACGCUCACGUGGAGACCCACACUGAGGAUGAGUUGUACAUCAAAGAGGAAGGGGGGACCUAUGUGAAAGAGGAAGAUGAGGAGGAGGCCGAGGACCUUUCCACGCCCGUAGGCCCCUCCAACUUCGGCUCCGAAACGCGCCCCUUCAAGUGCACUGUCUGCAAUAAGAGCUACAAGGACCCGGCUACGCUGCGCCAACACGAAAAGAGCCACUGGCUUACCCGGCCCUUUCCUUGCAACAUUUGUGGCAAGAUGUUCACACAGCGGGGCACCAUGACGCGCCACAUGCGCAGCCACCUGGGCCUCAAGCCCUUCGCAUGCGAAGAGUGCGGCAUGCGCUUUACUCGGCAGUACCGCCUGACGGAGCACAUGCGUGUCCACUCUGGGGAGAAGCCGUACGAAUGCCAGCUCUGCGGCGGGAAGUUCACUCAACAACGCAACCUCAUCAGUCACCUGAGAAUGCACACCUCACCCUCCUAGAAACAAGCCAAAGAACUCUUGGAAUAGAAAAACAAAUUGCUCUACCUUUUUUUCCAACGAAGAAAUGCACAUGUACACAUUGAACACACACUUCUACAUAUUACCUUUGGUUUACGAAGCCCUGGCUAAGUGAAUGUUGUAGCCACACUGGGCAAUGAUGGAGAUGUUGUCAGUUCCUUAUUGGUUUAAAGUGACACACGCUCACCUCUCAGGAGUUCUAGUGGGACCGUUUACUCCUCUUAAUCUCUAUCUUGACUGUCUUUCAGCCCCAAGUCACAAAACGGAAGUGUUAUAAAUUUGUGACUUGUGCUCUUUUUAAGGCCGAUAAAUGUGAAUGUGGCUACCAAUGUAAUGUCCAGCCCUAAUGUCCACCUCAGUAGGCUUCCUCUCGUCUACCUUUUUUAAAGCAUUUUGUCCGGAUGUUUUCCAAACUUCAAAACUCCCCUCUGCUCUCUGGCGCUAUACUAACCAAAAAGCCCAAUGAAACCAAUACUGGCAAUAAUUCAGCAAAAACAAAGAGUGUUUCUACUCUUGACAGCUUUAUAUUCUUUUAUGUUAAGCGAUGGUGGAUGUAAAACGAGGGGGGACUGGGGUGUGACCACCUCCAUGCUUUAACUGAAAAAAGGUUUCAGGUGGGAUCACGUUGGGUCAGGUUUUAGUUUAAAGUAAGACGUUUAAAAAGUUCUCUUCGUGGAUGUAUUCCAGAGAGGACAUUGCUAGUGCACUGGGGAACCAAUAAUCUGGGUUUGCAAAGAGGAACCUCUUGAGGUACUUGUUUUAAAGAACUUAUGUUUCAGUGAAUGUUUAAACUGGAAGGUCUUGGGAUUUUACUUGUG